AUGCAAUGGAAGAUGGACGAUCCUAAUGGAAAAGUCGUAGCUGGUGGAAAAGGCCAAGGAGAUCAAUUAGAUCAAUUGAAUGGUCCAACUGACGUAUUAAUUGAUAGAGAGACUGAUAGUCUUAUUAUUUCGGAUUCGAAAAAUCGACGGAUCGUUCGGUGGUCUCGUCGUAAUAGAACGGCGCAAGGUGAAAUCCUUAUUGACAAUAUCGCUUGUCAUGGAUUAGCCAUGGAUGAUCAAAGAUAUCUCUAUGUCUCUGACGUUAAAAAACAUGAAGUAAGACGGUAUCAACUAGGAGGAAACAUGAAGAAUGGAACUCUCGUAGCUGGUGGAAAUGGGAAUGGUUCUGAUUUGAAUCAGCUCGACUUUCCCACCUAUAUCUUUGUCGAUCGACAACAGACUGUCUAUGUCUCAGACUUCCACAAUCAUCGUGUCAUGAAAUGGAAUAAAGAUGCAAAAGAAGGCAUUAUUAUUGCUGGAGGUCAAGGUGAAGGAAAUGCUCUGACACAAAUAUCGGAUCCUAGCGGUCUCUUCGUUGAUGCUUCGGGUACUUUGUAUGCAGCUGAUCUACGGUAUAAUCGUAUAACACGUUGGCCUCAAGGAGCGGAACAAGGCAAUGUCAUAGUGGGGGAAGGUGCUGAGUUGAUAUGGCCCAUGGGUGUAUCGUUUGAUCGUCAUGGGAAUCACUAUGUCGUGGAUACAGGAAAUGUUCGUGUUCUACGUUUUUCUAUUCAAUAA